AAAAAUGUCUGCCUAAGGGAAACUCGCAAGUUACAUACAGGGGAUAUUUGCAAAAUAUAAUUCUUUCAAGGUUGAAAUCGUUGUCUGUCAGACGCGCAAAAGGAAGACAAGUCAACUAUAGGCACACCAGAUCGCCCUAGUUGGAUUUUCAAACGAGAAAAGAUUUAGUUAAAGAUCGCAAAGAUGAACCCACAACAGCGGAUUGCCGCUAUUGGAACCGAUAAGGAGUUGAGUGACCUGCUGGACUUUAGUGCGAUGUUCUCCCCACCAGUAAGCAGUGGGAAGAACCGGCCAACCACCCUUGCAAGCAGUCAGUUCACCACUGCAGGUAUGGAUGAGCGGACAACUCAGGCGUCAUGGGCCCCAGGUGGCCAGUCCAGUCCCUCCUACGAGUCCUCCAGAGGGUUUGCAGACAGUCCUCAUUAUGCAGAUCAUCUGAGUGACAGUCGAUUAGUGUCCCAUGAAGGAUUGUCCCCAACACCUUUCAUGAGUCCCAACAUAAUGGGAAAGUCAGAGCGACCUGCGUUUCCCGGCUACGCAAGGGAGCCAGGUGUGUCAGGAUGCCAGUCGAAUCUGCGCUCAGACAUGGCUUUGGACAGCCCGGGUCAGGUGAACACACCUGGGAAGAGCCCCGCCCCCUUUUACCCCUUCACCGGCUCCAGCACACGAAGACGCUCACUGCAGGAAUCGCCCGCCAUGGAUCCUCUCCAAACAAAGAAAGUGCGCAAGGUUCCUCCUGGCCUUCCAUCAUCUGUGUACGCUCCGUCCGCUAACUCAGAGGACUUUAACAGAGACUCCUCCUCCUACCCCACCACCAAGCCCCCCAGCAGCAUGUUCACCAGCACUUUCUUUGAUGGGACCCACAACUCCUCGGAUCCCUGGAGUUCGUCCAAUGGGAUCAGUCAGCCUGGCUACGGCACAAUGAUGGGCGGAGCCUCGUCUCACAUGUCACAGUCCGGAAACUAUAGCAACCUGCACUCACACGACAGGCUGCAGAACUACCCUGCUCACUCGGUGUCUCCAUCAGGCGUGAGCGUCAGUCUCCCCCCCAUGUCCAGCUUCCAUCGCUCCUCCAGCACCAGCAGCUCCCCCUUCGUCCCCACACACACUCCUCCGGUCAACACCAGCGAGGGCGUCAUGGCUGCACCCAAUCGGGGGAACGCCACAGGAAGUUCGCAGACGGGAGACGCACUGGGCAAAGCGCUUGCGUCGUGUGUGUGUGUGUGUGUUUGGCAGAAGCACCGUGUCCAGCAGCAGCUUCACGAGCAUCUGCAGGAUGCCAUGUCCUUCCUAAAGGACGUCUGUGAGUCCCGUAUGGAGGAUCGUCUGGACCGUCUGGACGAUGCUAUCCACGUCCUGCGGAACCACGCAGUGGGCUCCACCACCACCCUGCCCAGCGACCUCCACAGCCUGCUCGGCCAGACCCACAACGGACCAAUAGCAGCCAUCGGAGCCAAUUUCCCCGCCUCCGGAUUGGUCAGCAACCGGACGGCAUCCAUGGGUGGAGCUCACCGUGAUGAGGCGGGCAGUUUGAGCACCAAUCACAGUGGCCUGCCCAGUAAUGGCCCCUCCCCCAGCAAUGAGAUCAACCACCAAGCUGAUGGGUUCAGAGGAUUGGCGGGCAGCUUGGCCAGUCAGGUGGCCGCCGCUCUGGAGCUAAAGAUGGAGAACCCGGACAAGGAGGAACUUCCUGACCACGCCUCCUCCGAGGACCUCAAGUCCGACGACGAGAGCGAGAGGAGGGACAUCAAGACUCCCCGCGGCGGCACCCGCACCAGCAGCAUCAACGAGGACGAGGACCUGCCCCCGGAGCAGAAGGCGGAGCGUGAGCGCGAACGCAGGAUGGCCAACAACGCGCGCGAGCGCCUACGCGUGCGCGACAUCAACGAGGCCUUCAAGGAGCUCGGACGCAUGUGCCAGCUGCACCUGAAGAGCGAGAAGCCGCAGACCAAGCUGCUCAUCCUGCACCAGGCCGUCGCAGUCAUCCUCAACCUCGAGCAGCAAGUCAGAGAGCGGAACCUGAACCCCAAAGCAGCCUGCCUUAAGCGGAGAGAGGAGGAGAAGGUGUCCGGGGUGUCAGAGCCCCAGCAGCCUCACACAGCUGUACACCCCGGCCUCAGCGACACAGCCAACCCUAUGGGCCACCUCUGAGAUCAAAGAUGCCCUGGAUCAAGUGUGUAAGAUAGCAGUGGUGACAUGGCUUCCCACCGGCCGGCAGGACUCCCAGCUUGUGACACAGAUUCGAAGAGACACAUCACUCGAAGCGAGAUUUAAAAAAAGAAAAAGAAAAAAAAGAGAAAACCGAAUAGAAGAAAAGUAACCCCAGCACGGUGGAGAGGACUAAACUGGCCAGUGUCCAGACUCCCCAGGAUGCAGACAGAAUCUCAGCCCCACAGAAGAAAAACAUUUUUUAAAAAGAAAAGAAAAGAAGAAAAACAACAACUUUGAAUGACAGAAAGCCCCAGACUUCAGCACAUACCAGUGUCUGUGUGCAGAGUGUCACAUCUGACCAAUCAGAGACUGUCUCCAUUGUCUAACCCCCCCCCACCCCCCCCCACCCCUCGGGGAAGCAGCCUUGUGCCUAAACUGAAUUUGACGAAUGCAUUGUAACAGCAGUUAUUUUUGUUUAUUGGUUUGUUUAUCAUUUCAUUUGUUGUCUUGUUUUUCUAUUUAUUAUGUUACUGAGCUAUAAAGUCUAUGUUUAAAGGGAAAGAUACAACAUUGCUUUGAGAGGCCGAUGACGUUUCAGUUGAUCUACAGUUUGCCAGGGACCGAGCAAAGCUAGCGAUGUUAGCGAUGUUAGCACUCUCGCCUCUUAUGUCUGAGCUGAGUUCAGUGAAGCCAUGAAGAUCAUGAGAUUAAUAUAUAUUUUAGCCCGUUCAGAUCAAAUAAUUUAUGUUCUCAAAAAAGAAUUGGCACCACCAGAUGCUCAAAGAUUCUCAAUGAUGAAAAACAAAAGUGUUUCUUUGUUUUUUUAUUUUGUUUUAGAUAAUAUAUUAUUUAUAUUUAUAUAGUACACAAAUGUCAAACCAAAACUACCUAUGUACUUGUUUCAGCUCAGACUGUAUCCAGCAAAAGGCACUAGAGAGGAUUGCAGGAGUGCACACAAAGGUCAUAGGAGAGAUCAAAGGUUAAAGGUCAAGAAGCGCCUGGUUUCUGCAUCAGUAGGGAAGAAUGGCAAACUCUAGCUUUCCUGAAAGGUCAAGCGUGGGCUGUUAGCCAGACGUGUUCUCCACCAGGGACUGUUCACACGCAGCGAACGAGAGAGAGAGAGAGAGAGAGCACACGCAUUUAGCAUUAAAUGGCACCAGAUAGCGGCAGAGUUAUGCCCAGAUCUGGGCCAGACACAGGCUUUUGGACUCGCUGCUGUCCAGGCCAUGCAUUCCCUGCCAGGUCUCUUCAGUGUCUUAAGGAGCGGAGGAAGAGGAUUGGGACUUUCCCGCCUUUUCUCUUCCGGAGAGAGCGAGCAGGAAAACAACGGCUCACCCUGAAGAUCGUUUGCUUUGUUAGCUCGGUUUCUGAUUGGCUGAGGAGCUCUGGAGGUGUGGCUAGACAUGACAUAGACAUCCAGAACUCUUCAGUUGAAACCAUGGCAACCAUGGAGAGGCAGUAGAUUAACAGACAAAAAACUAAAGUAAUAAAAGGAAAAAAAAGAAAAAACUUUUUUAAAAAAACAACGAAGACCACAUCAUCAUCUGGCCUGAGUUCAAGUUUUACAUUAUUUUUGUCUUUCUGUCUAGUAAUACAGUACAAUUAACAAUUCCAAAAAAAUCAUACAAAAAAUCAUUACUCAAAAUAACCGUGUCAUAUGUUUAUUUGUAAUAUAUGUAUGCAAAGCAUUUCUUUAGGCUUCACUCUACAGCGUUGUUACAUUGAGUGUAAUUUAGCCAUAGGAGGUUCAAAGUUGUUUAGAAUGCCUCCUUAGCCCCACCCCCACUUGAGCAGCAGAAAUGGCUGAUGGGAAAUGUAGGCGUUGUAGUCAGAAGAGUUGACUUGGGGGAGUUGAACUGAAGCCCCAUCAGUCCUGGUGACCAGAAGAACAAAAAGCAGCUCUAGAGCGCACUCAGUCUCAUUCUCAUCACUCCCUUCUCCCCUCCCAUUCUUUACACUGUUGUUUUUUAAGCUUUUGGUGUGUGUGUGUGUGUGUGCGUGCGUGCGUGCGUGUGUGUGUGUGCUGUACAUUCUCUGGCUUUCAAUGCUCUAUCUCUAUCUGUCUGAGAUCUCCUCUAUCUUCCUUGCCUCCUGUCUUCCGAUAAUCAUCCAACUGUCUGACAAGGCCCUCACAGCCCCACUAGGUUCUGACUAGAACCGCAGCGAUCUGUUCUCACAUAAUACCAGUUCUUCCAUAGCAGACUAGAACCACACAAUGACCAGUUCUUCCAUAGCACAGAAGAGAACCACACAACAUUUGAUUAUUUCAUAGAACACAGACUAGAAUCACACAGCCACUGUAACCAGUUAUCUGAUUGCAUAGACUAGAACCACACAACUGCAGGUACCGGUUCCUGCCAAACAGAACCACAUAAAACUACAGCACUCUCAAAACCACAAUAGCGUUCUUAUAAGUUAUCACUCAGCACAGAGACCAGAAUCACCAAGCUAUAGUUAACGGAACAGAACUACAAAAACACACUUACUAGUUCUCUUCUGGAGCAGACCACAAAAUCACAGAACCGCUCCUCAGAACUACAUUUUUCUUUUACACAGCAAUCAAUCAGCAUAAGCCCCAUGAUGAUGUCUGAAGUUAUCGUCCAGUCAGCGCUUCCCAGCGUAGUGUGUGGCCUUGUUGAACUCUAUAUUUGAGAGCUUGUGUCGCCUCUAUCCCUGCUCAGUCAGUAGUCAAGCUGAAGUUCUGUCAUUGCUGCCAAUUUCCAAUUUGUUUAUUUUAUUUCUAUUUUCAGCCAUCUGUUUGUUUGUUUGUUGUUUGUUUGUUUGCUCCUUUGUUGGCUAAUGUUAGACUUUAAUGUAUUCCCAAAUGCUUUCCCUCGUGAGAUAUAUGACAAAAAAAAAAAAAAAAAAAAAAAAAAACAUUUGGCUUAUUUUUCACUCUAGUUAUAGUCUUUUAUACUAUAAUAUUGUAAGAACAUUUCUUGAAUUCUAAAUAUUACUCUUUCUAGAUUUUUGAAAUCAAAAGUUUUGAGUAAAAAAGUUUCUUACUUUAUUUUACUAUAUUAGAUAGUAAAAGAAAACAAACAAAGUACGGUUAAUUACCAUAACCUAUCAAUUACCAUAACCUAUCAAUUACUAUCAGAAACAAAAGAAAAACAAUGAGGCGUAGUGGCAUCUUAAGAACACAGUAGGAUUGUAGCUCUGUGUAGGUAAGAACAGGGAUUCCGAGCUCAAUGUUCUUAGAGGAUGUUCUCAACGUCAUAAUCUCCACUGCAGUUGAUGGUUGACGAGUGAUUUGCACCCGUGGUGAAAUGUAAGGUUUUUGUUGUCAAAUGCACAUCUUUAAAGGACAAAAUAAGAGAAACAAACUUAAAAUAAUAACCACGAACCAGCAGGAGAAGAGAUGAAGAGUUGAUACUUUCUGUCUCUGUAACAGGAAACACAAUGUGUAUAUAACAUGUAGCAAUAAAGGUGCCAUGUUUCUUAA